AGGGGCCAGGAGGGCAAAGGGGUGAUGUGGGAUGGAGUCGAGGGGAAGCCAACCAGCUGAAGGUUUUAUUAUUGUCAAAGAAGAGUGAGACAAGCAGAUUGGAAAGAGGAGGCAGAUACGGAGAGAUGGGUGGGGCAGUAGAAGGGGGGGAGGCUGCAGGAUUUUUCAAAUAGGGCAGCUGGGAGGGCCUUAAGGCGGAGGGCUGCUCUCUGAGGCCCUACCCCUGGGCUCCCCAAGCCAAAAUGUCCACAGAACAAAGCUGUCCUCUUGGGUUGUUUGUCCGAGUCUGGGGAAGUAUUCUGGGUGCCCCCCACUCCCGUUGUAGAGGAGCUGUUCUCAGCCCCUGACGGAGGGAAGGCCUUGGCUGAGGAACUGAAUGGUGCCCCGGCCUGCGGUUGCCUGGUGACAUUGACGGCGAUGUUGGCAGGACGCUUGGACAACCCCACCCCCCCACCCCCCACCCAGCUGGAGGCCUGGCUCUCCUGGGCCCCUUGACCCUGCAGGGCAGUGAGAGCCUGUGUGCUGGGUAGGGCCUGCGGUGGGCUCUCGGCACACUCUAGUCUCUGCCCUCUCUGCCACAGAAUCUGCCCAGACAGGACUCUGGGCUUGGCCCCCAUUCAAGGACCCUAGAUCCAAGGGUCUCCUAAGCCCCCCUUGCCUGCUUCUCUCCACAGUCAGUAGCUGUCUGUCCUCUGUCUGACUGGCUGAAUGGGUCCCCCUGGCCUCUGCUUCUUGGCUCCUGUCAGUCCCUCUCCUCCUCACCUUCUCCCUGCCUCUCUCAGCCAUUCCACAGUUCUGUGUUCCUGGAUCUUUCCAGAUCACCCUCUGUCCAUCAUCAACAUUGUCUGUCUGUCUGUCUGUGUCUCUGUCUCUCUCUCCCCCCCACCUUUCAUUCCCACAAUUUCCCUUCCUCUCACAUCCUGUCUGUCUGGGUCUUCCUCUUUGUGUCUCUUGCUCAGUCUCUAUCUCUAUAUCUCAACCAUUCUCUUACUCUUGGUGUCUAAUGGUUGUCUUUUGAUCUCUGGGUCCCUGAUGUGAGUGGUGGGUAAUGAAGGUGAUCAAUGUAGAACAAGGGAAGGUCAUUGUGACACAUUAACAACAAAUAGUGAGAGUUUUACUCUACAAAAGGGAGGGAGAGUCUCUCAGCCUCUCUCUCUCCCUCCUUCCCUCCCUCCCUCUCCUCACUCUGCACCUCGAAGUCUGUGCCUCCUUGACUCUGUGUUUCAGCCCUUAUUUAGUGUGUUUCUCUCUCACUGUCUUAGUCCCUGUCUGUCUCUGUCUCUGGUCUUACUACUGUCUCUUUUCCUCUCAGGAUUUCUGUUUCUCGGACCUGGGCCUGGCUCAAUCUCAGUUUCUGUCACACACACUCUCCCUCUGGGGCACCCAGGCAUUCUCUGCCAUGCAGCCUGUCAGUGUCUGGCAGUGGAGCCUGUGGGGGCUGUUGCUGUGCCUGCUGUGCAGCUCGUGCCUGGGAUCUCCAUCCCCAUCCACGGCCCCAGAGAAGAGGGCCAGGAGCCAAGGGCUGCGGUUCCGGCUGGCUGGCUUCCCCAGGAAGCCCUUCGAGGGCCGUGUGGAGAUACAGCAAGCUGGUGAAUGGGGCACCAUCUGUGAUGAUGACUUCACGCUAGAGGCAGCCCAUGUCCUCUGCCGGGAGCUGGGCUUCACAGAGGCCACAGGCUGGACCCAUAGCGCCAAAUAUGGCCCUGGAACAGGCCGCAUCUGGCUGGACAAUCUGAGCUGUAGAGGGACUGAGCGCAGCGUGACGGAAUGUGCCUCCAGGGGCUGGGGGAACAGUGACUGUACCCAUGAUGAGGAUGCUGGAGUCAUCUGCAAGGACGAGCGCCUCCCUGGCUUCCCUGACUCCAAUGUCAUCGAGGUAGAGCAUCACCUGCAAGUGGAGGAGGUGCGACUGCGACCAGCAGUUGGGCGGGGCAGGCGACCCCUGCCUGUGACUGAGGGACUGGUCGAAGUGAGGCUUCCAGAUGGCUGGUCCAAAGUGUGUGACAAAGGCUGGAGUGCCCACAACAGCCACGUGGUCUGCGGGAUGCUGGGCUUCCCCAGCGAAAAGAGGGUCAACACGGCUUUCUACAGAAUGAUCCUGACUCUGCUAUUAUCUUAUCCUCACAGAAAGUUGAGGAAGCGAGCGGCCAAAGCCUCGGCCCGACGCCCCAAGCCCCUUGGAAGACCAAUCACCAAGCGUAAAGUCAAAUCCAAACCCCGAGUGGGCAGGGGGCCAAUCAAGAGGCUGCUGGCCCAGCGGCAGCAACACUUCUUUGGUCUGCAUGGGGUGACAUGUGUGGGUACAGAGACCCACCUCUCCCGCUGCUCCUUGGAGUUCUAUCGUGUCAAUGACACCACCAGGUGCCCAGGGGGUGCCCCAGCGGUGGUGAGUUGUGUGCCAGGUCCUGUCUACGCAACGUCCAAUGGCCAGAAGAAGCAACAGCAGUCGAAACCUCAGGGGGAGGCCCGAGUGCGUCUAAAGGGCGGGGCCCACCCUGGAGAGGGCCGGGUGGAAGUCCUGAAGGCUGGCACAUGGGGCACAGUCUGUGACCGCAAAUGGGACCUACAGGCAGCCAGCGUGGUGUGUCGGGAGCUGGGCUUCGGGAGUGCUCGGGAGGCUCUGAGUGGUGCCCGCAUGGGGCAGGGCAUGGGUGCCAUCCAUCUGAGUGAAGUUCGAUGCUCUGGACAGGAACCCUCCCUCUGGAAGUGCCCCCACAAGAACAUCACAGCUGAGGACUGCUCCCAUGGCCAGGAUGCUGGAGUUCGAUGCAACAUGCCCUACACUGGGGUAGAGACCAGGAUCCGACUCAGUGGGGGCCGCAGCCGACAUGAAGGGCGAGUUGAGGUGCAAAUAGGGGGACCCGGGCCCCUUCGCUGGGGCCUCAUCUGUGGGGAUGACUGGGGGACACUGGAGGCCAUGGUGGUCUGUAGGCAACUUGGACUGGGCUAUGCCAACCAUGGCCUGCAGGAGACCUGGUAUUGGGACUCAGGGAAUACAACAGAGGUAGUAAUGAGUGGAGUGCGCUGCACAGGGACCGAGCUGUCCCUGGACCAAUGUGCUCAUCAUGGCACCCACAUUGCCUGCAAGAGGACAGACACCCGUUUCACUGCCGGAGUCAUCUGUUCUGAGACCGCAUCAGAUCUGCUGCUGCACUCAGCACUGGUGCAGGAGACCGCCUACAUCGAGGACCGGCCCCUGCACAUGCUGUACUGUGCUGCGGAGGAGAACUGCCUGGCCCGCUCAGCCCGCUCAGCCAACUGGCCUUAUGGCCACCGCCGUCUACUCCGAUUCUCCUCCCAGAUUCACAACCUAGGACGAGCUGACUUCAGGCCCAAGGCUGGGCGCCACUCUUGGGUGUGGCACGAGUGCCAUGGGCAUUACCACAGUAUGGACAUCUUCACUCACUAUGAUAUCCUGACCCCCAACGGCACCAAGGUGGCUGAGGGCCACAAAGCUAGUUUCUGUCUAGAAGACACCGAGUGUCAGGAGGAUGUCUCCAAGAGAUACGAGUGUGCCAACUUUGGAGAGCAGGGCAUCACCGUAGGCUGCUGGGAUCUGUACAGACAUGAUAUUGACUGUCAGUGGAUUGACAUCACAGAUGUGAAGCCAGGAAACUACAUUCUGCAGGUGGUCAUCAACCCCAAUUUUGAAGUAGCAGAGAGUGACUUCACCAACAAUGCGAUGAAAUGUAACUGCAAAUAUGAUGGACAUCGCAUUUGGGUGCACAACUGCCACAUUGGUGAUGCCUUCAGUGAAGAGGCCAAUAAGAGGUUCGAGCGCUACCCUGGACAGACCAGCAACCAGGUCAUUUAAGGUGCUAAUACCCACCUCUUCAGACCACCACUGGCCCCUAAUGGCAGGGGUCUGAGGCUGCUAUUACCUCAGGAGCUUACCAAGAAACCCCUGCCGUCAGCAAGCCCACCACACUCAUCCGUGUGCACUGCAGACAUGGGACUGUCAAGCAGAAGUUACCACCCUUUUUCCUAGGCCAGCUGUCUGCAUCUGUGACCAAGCACGGGGAACCCUGGCUCCCAGGCCCAGCACUGAGCUGAGCUCACCACAAAGGGCAGCCCAAUUAACUGGCCAGAACAACCGACAGCAGCAGCUCAUUUUCUUGAAUAGGGAGGUCAGGAUGGUCAGCUCCAGUAUACCCCCUCUUCAGUGAGGGGGGAAUACAGCUUCACCUCUAGCCUUUUUGGGAGAGAGAAGAUCAGCAUCCCUCCCUCAUUUUUUACUAUAACAUGUUGCUAGGUAUAAUUUUA